AGCUCGAGGCUGCUUGGGGAAUUCACUUUGCCGCUUUGCCACUUCUCGCUCUUCAGGCUUCUGAUGGCUUUCUACCUCCGGCCCUAUCCCUUUCUUUAAAAGGAAAACUUCACUGAGAUUUUUCUUUCCCCUUGGAGGAGAGGAUUAAAAGUUCUCAGAACUGGUGCCGCCCGUGCCGCUCGGGCGCUGGGACGCCGUUUGCCGGCGGGGGUUCCAGUCCCACCAUGUGCACCAACAUAGUUUACGAGUGGCUGAAAGCGCUGCAGCUCCUGCAGUACGCGGAGUCCUUCGUGGAUAACGGCUACGAUGACCUGGAGGUGUGCAAGCAGAUCGGGGACCCGGACCUGGACGCCAUCGGGGUGCUGGCGCCCGCGCACCGGCGCCGCAUCCUGGAGGCCGUGCGCCGGCUGCGGGAGCAGGACGCCGCCGCCGCCGGCCUCUACUUCACGCUGGAGCCGCAGCCACCGCCCGCGCCACCCGGGCCGCCCGCGGUCGCCGUCCCCACUCGCCGCCGGGGGGAGCCUUGCGGCGGCCAGGCCCAGGGCCCCCGCGGAGACCCCCGCAGCCAGACGACCGCCCCUCGCGGCAGGGAGCUGGUGAGCUACCCGAAACUGAAGCUGAAGAUCAUGAUCAGGGAUAAGCUCGUCCGCGACGGCAUCCACCUGAGCAAGCCCCCGUACUCCCGCAAGGUCCCAAUGGCUGGCAUCCUAGAGUUCUUAAUGAAUUGGCCGAAGUCAUCACAGAACCGCUAGAUAUCAUUUUUGAGAACUCGUGGAGGACUGAUGAGGUGCCUGAAGACUGGAAAAGGGCAUAUUUAGAACCUUCUUUCAAAAAGGGAAAUGGAUGAUGACCCUGGAAAUACUCAUCAGCCUAACUUUUUGCUUGGAAAAAUUCUGGAAUAAUCAACUUAGUACACUGGGUAACGAACUUAUAAUAGCUAGACAAAAGACAGUGAAAUAUCACACAUAAAGAAGUACUGAGUUCAUUUUUUAAAGACAUACCAUUGUGAGAUACAUAUUUUGGGAUUCUGCCCUCGGUACUAAGAAUUCUUGCUGAAAAUAAGUGAGGUUGGCUAAGGCAUUUGGGUACUGACUAAUUUUAAGUGGUAAUACAAGACAAAAAGAUUUCUGGCAAUAGCUAGAAAUUACAUCAUUUCCAAAUUAGCCUUUAACUUGAGAAUAGUCAUUUUAAUUUUGUAUUUUAACAUACUUUUUCACUUUAUGUAGGGCUGCUUUCAUAGGUUAAGUAUUUUAUAUAAUUCUCUAUAGAAUAGUUUGGUGAAGGAAAUUCUUAUUUUAAAGUGCUUUAUAUAGUUAUUUCAUAUGUAGGUACAAUGAUAAAGGUGACAAAUUCAGGAACAUCUGCAAAGGAAGAAACUUUUUUGUAACUUCUCUUUUUAAGUUUCAUCUGGCUGAAGUUGAGUGUUAGGACCUGUGUCUUACUCUGAUGUACAUUGAGCAAGGGCCAGCUGUGUGACUGGAUGGCCAGUUUUCCUCAGCCCUGGACACUGCCAUGGCCCAGAUUCCCUCCCCAGAUUCUGAUUUCAGGCCUUUGGAGGUGGGGCAGAGAGGUGGGCCGUGGCAGUGGACAUUAAGAGCACUGUAUAACCACAGCCAAAAAGGAGAGUAGAAGGAGGUGGGAGGAGGAAAUUAAGAUGAAUCCGGAGUUCUUCUAAUUCCUAUUGUUUAUGCCUUUGGAUGUUGGCAGUUUUCUUUUCUGCUUAGAAAAUGCAGUCAUGUUGACCAGACCCAAAACUUAGUUAAAAGGAGAUCAUCAAAAGAGAUCCAGACAUGCAGCAAGCUCCACGGUCAGACAGCUUCUGAGAGCAGCUAGGCAGUACUGUAUUCCAGAAUCUUCCCUGCACUACUUAGAAGUACAAAAGAGAUUGAAGCUUACAUCACAUUGUAAUGCUCAAGAGUAGGGAACCCUCGGAGAAAAAGAGAUAGAUGUACAUUCAUUUAUUCCUGGUGCGUAGGGGAAUGGGUAGGCAGUUAAGGUCUCCAAGGGCUAUUUUAAUCACAAUACUGCUUUAAAAAUCUGAAGUUGACAUAGUUUAGCUACUUCUAGAGAUUAAUUUAGACAUCGGGUAAAGUCAGUCUCAUUCUUAUGUACAAAUGCAAGGAAAUUAAGCUCUAAAAGCAUGUAUACGUUGUCUUUUAAACUACAUGUUUAAAAAAAAACUGCUUGCAGUUUUGUAAGAAUUAUACGCCAAUCAGCCUUUCAUCAUUUUUUUUUUCCAAGUGAGUCUUUAAAAUUUCCAAGUUAUGUUUUGUUUUUGUUUUUGUUUUUUUUAAGGAGUGGGGGUCUCUGUAGAUUAUAGAUAUAAUUUAUUGUGAUAAUAAAUGGCUUCCUGUUCGAGACCUCAUUUCCAGGUGCAGGAUCUGUGGCAGAUUUAUUUCACAGAUAUACAUUUACAUGCAUUUGUUGAAUUGUUGCUAGAGAGGACCCGAUUUCUGAAAAAUCUAGUAUUUUUCACUGUGGGCAUUAUGAUGCAAUCUGCUGCAACCAAAAAGGGGGCUCUUUGGUCAUUGCAAGUUUUAUUUUCUAUUUAUAUAAUGUCUAGCUUCAAUUAUUUUGCCAAAUUUAAAUCUUCUCUUUGUGUUUACUCUUGGAAUUUGAAAAUAACAAUCCUCUAUCACAAUGUAGAAUGGUGAAAUAGCCCAUGGAUUUUAAAGACUUCUUACCUAAAGCUACAGGAAGAAAGCUUUAAAAUAAGCAGAGAAAUAUUAAAGGAAGCCCAUUAAUUCUUUUGCAUUAAAUGAAGAUGAGUUAAGAGUUAGAAUAUAAGACAUAAGAGAAAGGAAGUAAUCUUACCAUGAAUUAUAUCUGGAGAUAAUUAUGCUUAAGAAGAGUAAUUUUUUCAUAGUGUUUUUUUCUUUUAUCUAAUAUUCAUGAUAUCCUUAAUUUUUUAAGGUAAAGGAAAUAGCAAAGGGACAAAUAAAUAUAUUAUCAAAACUAGAGGAUUAUCUUGAUUUGUAUUUCCUAGAACAUGAAGAGAGGUUAAUUACAGACUUUUACUUCAUAAUAUUGAGGAAAUGAGAGGAUUAUAGCAACACUUUCUUCAUUUCAUCUUAAAACAAAAUUUUUAAGGUGAGGAAAGAAAGAUUUUACGCACAUAUUCUUGGCAUAGGGAAUGCAUGAUUUUAAGGGCUCUUUCCUCACAGAGGAAUUUACAGCAACAUAGAAUAGCUGUACUCAAGCAGUUUUUCAAUCCAGAGAAAUUUAUAGCAUCUUGGUGUUGUGAAAUUAAUAACAGAAACAGUAAGCACUGAGUUUUUAUUUUGGAGUUCCUCAGAUCUGAGUUCAAAUUCUAGAAUCACGUUGAUAGCUUUUUCCUGUCAUGAAUCUGUUAAGAACAUAAGCUAAGAAUGUAGCAUGAGAAAUGAUCUUGAACAAUUAUUAAACUCAUCAAAGCUUUUCAUCCUUGUCCAUAAAAUGGGAAGAAUACAUACCCUCCCUUAGUUCUUAAGAGGCUUAAGAAUUCUGCAACAUACACCCACACAGUUCUUGGCUCGGUGUUGGACACAUAGUAAGUGCGCAGUGCCUCGCUCCCUUCCCUUCUUUCUUUCCUCUUAUAUGAAAGAGAUUACCUUAAAACUGACUAGAACACUCAAGAAUAAAUCGACUCAAGCAUAAAUUGUCCGUAUUGAUGCCUUAAACCCACUGAAUAAGGCCCUUUGCUUUCUUUUAGGAAGGAUAAAGGAGAGCUACAGUGCCUGCCCAUAGUAGGAGUUGAGUAAAUGUUUAUUGAUCGAAUGAAAAGAAUGUGAUUUUUAAAAACAAUGAGCGAAUAGCUAAGGCCAACAUUUUUCAAGUCUGGGGAAAUUGUCACAUAGACAUAUAAAGGUAUUCUUUAAGUUGCCCCUUUUUAAAACAGCUUUAGAUUUAUAAAUUUAGUGUGCAAAUUAGAGAGUGGCAGAUAUGCAUUUCCUCUGAUGUUAUGAUUGUGAUUUACAAGUUAAGAGUGCAAAUGGGCAUUCCCCCGUAGCCUUUUCUGGGAUAAAUCCAGCCAAGACAUGAAGCAGAUGAUGGUGGAUCGGCAAACUCUUUUCUAUGCAAAGAGAAACCAGAUGCGCAAGUGGCUGGAAUGCACCUGCCAGGAAACUGAGAUAAGCCUGUCUGGAUUGUCCUCUGUGAAGAAUCUGGGUGUUGUAAACAGGUCCUUUGCAUGGGCAUUGAACAGUAACAAAAAGGAAGGUGGAAGAAAAUUAAAUUCUUCGACAAAAUGGUUAAUUUUUACAUGUCAUAUUUAAUUACGUGUCAAAAUAUCAUGUUCAGACAGGUGGAGGAUUUCUGCAUUUCAAAGUGAAUAAGGAAUAAAGAGUAGAAAAUUACAUCCAGAGACAUAUGCAAGAAAUGAGCAAGAGCUACACCUCCAAAAUGGCCAGUUCACCAUUCAGACCAAGGGCAGAGGAACAGAAUUCUUAGAAGAGACCAGCUGGCAUCUUAUGCUUAGAAUAAAACCAUCAUAGUUGCUGUAUUAAAUUAAACCAGAUAAGUUGUACAGAGCAAAGUGAAUCAGCUAGGCUUUCUCUUUUAGAAUUUUCUAAUUGGCAGUCUCAGAGGUCAUCAAUUAAGUAUUCCUACAUCAGAUGUUUUAUACUAUCAGAUACUUUGAUUAGAAAAUCCUCUUCAGUUUUCUAUUAUUAAUCUCUAAGGAG